AUGGCUGACCCGAGACCCAACCCCACCUCGGACCUCCAUUGGAGUGACUACAGAGGUGCUAUCCACCAAAUCUUUGCUGCAAAUGCAAACAAGCACCCUGAAAGGACUUGUGUUGUUGAAACUGCCUCUUCCAACUCUCCCAAGAGGGUCUUCACAUAUAAGCACAUCAACGAAUCCAGUAAUGUCCUGGCACAUCACCUUGUGGCCAGCGGUGUGCAACGAGGUGAAGUUGUCAUGGUCUACGCUCACCGUGGUGUUGACUUGGUCGUUGCUGUCAUGGGUGUGCUCAAGGCUGGUGCUACUUUCUCCGUCAUUGACCCUCUGUACCCUGCAGACCGCCAAAUAAUUUACCUCGAUGUUGCCAAGCCUCGCGCUCUGGUCGUCAUCGAGAAGGCCUCUCAAGAAGCUGGUGAGCUUUCCGCUACCGUUCGCGAGUACAUUCAGGAGAACCUGAGACUCAGAACUGAGGUUCCUGGCUUGCAAUUACAGGACGAUGGUUCUGUCAUUGGUGGCAACGUUGAUGGUCGUGAUUGCCUUGAGGCUCAGCAGCAAUCUCGUGCUCAACUUCCUGAUGUUGUUGUCGGCCCGGACUCAACCCCUACUCUAUCCUUUACUUCUGGUUCAGAGGGAAGACCCAAGGGUGUCAAGGGUCGCCACUUUUCGCUAGCAUACUACUUCCCUUGGAUGCAGGAGCGCUUCGGCUUGUCCGAGAAGGACCACUUUUCCAUGCUCAGCGGUAUCGCUCACGACCCAAUUCAGCGCGAUAUCUUCACUCCUCUUUUCCUGGGUGCACGCCUUAUUGUGCCCCCUGCUGAGGACAUCACCUUCGACAGACUAGCUAAGUGGGCUAGCGACAACGAGAUCAGCGUCACUCAUCUCACUCCCGCCAUGGGUCAAAUUCUUCUCGGUAGCUUGGAACCCAAGGUCAACUCAUUGCAUUCGGCAUUCUUUGUCGGUGACAUUCUCUUGAAGAGAGAUUGCCGUAGAUUGCAAGAUCUGGCCCCUAACGUUCGCAUCAAGAACAUGUACGGUACCACCGAGACACAAAGAGCCGUCAGUUUCUAUGAGAUUCCUAGCAAGUCCGAAGACGCUUCAUACCUCGACAAGAUGGGUGAUGUUAUUCCUGCUGGAAAGGGUAUGCUCGACGUUCAGCUGCUCGUGGUCGAUCGUUCGAACAGAGACCGCAUCUGUGAGGUUGGUGAGAUUGGUGAGAUUUAUGUCAGAGCCGGUGGUUUGGCAGAGGGCUACCUCGGUCCCGAGCUCAAGGAGCUCACCAACUCCAAGUUUGUGCAGAACUGGUUCGUCGAUAACGAGAAGUGGGUCAAGGAGGACCAAGAGAAGGCUGCCAAUGCCGGCAAGGAUGAGCCUUGGAGAGAGUUCUACAAGGGCCCAAGAGACAGACUUUACCGCUCCGGUGAUCUGGGAAGAUACACUGCUGAUGGUAACGUCGAGUGUACUGGCAGAGCAGACGACCAAGUCAAGAUUCGCGGCUUCCGUAUCGAGCUUGGUGAGAUCGACACUCAUCUUUCUCAGCAUCCUCUUAUUAGAGAGAACGUCACUCUGGUCAAGCGCGAUCACGAAGAGGAGCAGAUUCUUGUCAGCUACUACGUUCCUGACCUUAACAAGUGGUCAGCCUGGAAGCAAUCAAGGGGUGAGGCCGAGUCUAAUGUCGCCGAUGAUUUGAGCAUCCCAGAGAGACUGAAGAUGUUCAACACAUUGACCAAUGACGUCAGAGAGCACCUGAAGAAGAAGCUGGCUUCUUACGCCGUUCCGACCCUCUUCAUUCCUAUGGUCAGACUUCCUCUGACCCCCAACGGCAAGGUUGACAAGAGAGCACUUCCCUUCCCUGAGAAGUCGGAACUGCUUGCUGCUUCAUCGAGCCAGCCUGUUCAGGACGCUGCCACUCGUUCCGACACAGAGAAAGCGCUUGCUGAGAUCUGGGCUCUUUACCUUCGCAGUUAUGCAGCGGACAGCAUUCCUUCAAAUGUUCCCUUCUUCGACCUUGGUGGCAACAGUAUUGCUGCUGUUCAAAUCCCAUCUCAGAUUCGUAAGAAGUGGCCUGAUGUUACUGUUCCAGUCAGUGCCAUCUCAAAGAACCCUACUCUCCAACAGCUCGCUGGAGACAUCGAUCGUUCUCUGAAUCCCGUCGGCCUCCGUCUUGAUGCACAGGCUCCCGAGACUGAAGACCAGGAGGAGUUCUAUUCGAACAGCCUCCCCGAGUUGAUCAAGGAGAUCCCUGCCAAGAUUCAAUCUGCUAGCAGAGAAUCGGCCAAGCAACAAACCGUCUUCUUGACCGGAGCAACUGGAUUCUUGGGAUCUUACAUUCUUCGUGAUCUGCUCUCGUCGGGCAACAAGGUCAUUGCACAUGUCCGCGCGAAGUCGACAGAGGACGCUUUGCAGCGUGUCAAGGCGACGUGCCAGGCGUAUGGCAUUUGGACAGACUCAUGGGCUUCGAAUCUUGAGUGUGUCACUGGUGACUUGCAGGAACAACCUCUGCUCGGCAUGCAACAAGAUGUGUAUGACCGUGUCGCCAAGGAAGCUGAUGUUGUGAUUCACAACGGUGCCAUUGUGCACUGGCUGAAGCCCUACUCAUCUCUGAAGUCUGCCAACGUGCUGAGUACUAUUUCGGCAAUCAAGCUGUGUGCAACUGGCAAAGCCAAGAAGAUGGCCUUCGUCAGUUCUACAAGUGCUCUCGACUCUGACCACUACGUCGAGCUGUCCAAGAACCUUAUUGCUUCGGGUGCUGCUGGUGUCAGCGAGUCUGAUGACAUGGAGGGAAGUAGACAAGGUCUUACUACUGGUUACGGUCAAGGCAAGUGGGUGUCUGAACGCCUCAUGGAGGAAGCCGGAAGAAGAGGUCUUGUUGGCUCAAUCAUCCGUGCCGGUUACGUGCUCGGUGACCCCAAGACUGGCACAACCAACACCGACGACUUCCUUAUCCGCAUGCUCAAGGGCUGCGUGCAAGUCGGCUCCAGACCCGACAUCACCAACACCAUCAACAUGGUACCUGUCGACCACGUUGCCAGACUUGUCAUCGCCACAGCACUCAACCAGCCUGUUGCACCCAUGGUUGUUUGCCAUGUCACUGGCCACCCCAGACUGACCUUCAACCAAUACCUCGCCGCGCUGGAAGCUUUCGGCUACGAAGCCCCCAAAGUCGACUUCCCCAAGUGGAGAGACGCCGUCGAAAAGUUCGUCGAGCAAGGCAAAGAAGAGCACGCUCUUCUCGGCCUGUACCACAUGGUAACCGGCGAUCUUCCCGGCAGCACCAAAGCACCCGAAUUGGAUGACAGAAACGCUGCUGCUGCGUUGAAGGCCGAUGCAGCAAGAUCUGGCCAGGACUUUUCUGCUGGCAGUGCUGUUACUGAGGAUAUUGUGGGACAGUACCUUUCGUUCCUUAUCGCUAGAGGAUUCAUGCCUAAGCCUACAAAGAAGGGUAUCAAGACUCUCCCCGAGGCUAGGAUUACGCAAGAGCAAAUUGAGGCGUUGGAUCGUGUUGGAGGACGUGGCGGUGCUGCGUAA